CGUGCAUUCAGUGAUAAACCACGGAUAGUCGAGGCAGGUGCCUAUACAAAAGCUUCUCCAAGCAAGGAAAAAAAAUACCAUCGCCGUGUAAGGUAUGUCUUUCUGCAUGCCAUUCUUUAACUUUUUCAACCUUGAGGUGAUUUGUGUGGGUCGCGGAUGGGGUAAGCUCCAAAGGUCGUCGUCUUAGGUAUAUCCUUAGCCACCCUUAGCAUUAAAUGUCCAUAGCCUUCUUAGCCAUUACUUGUUUUAUAAUUCUAGUCUUUUCUAACCUUCCUCGGUUUUCCCUAGCCUUGGCUUCUUUUACUGUUUAUCCUUAUCUUUUUACUUUCUUUUCCUUCUUAAGGCUCAUUUUGCCUUUGUUUGCCGUCCCUAGUUUUUUUGACCAGUUUCACUUAGACCUUCCUAUAGGCUUUCUUGCAGUGUUCCAGUAAAAUAUAGCCGUGAUAAUGGUUUAAUGUUGCUUGCACAUGGUGUGGUUUCCCAAUAUACCCGAGUCAGAGGCUCGUAGGAACCGGGGGGUAGGGCGUAGGAACCGGGGGGGGGGCAGGGAGGGGCCAGGCCCCCAAGUUUUGCCAAGUGCCCUUAUUCUGGGAGCAAUGGGCCCUUUUCUUGCGUGAAAAAUUGUCAUUAAGAUUGCAUUUUUUGCCCAAAGGGCACUUUUGAAAACUUGAAUCUAUGUUAUUUCGGGAAAAAUUUUUUCAUUUCCGGGAAAAAUAUGAUAUAUCCGGAAAAAUUUUUGGUAUAUCCGGAAAAAUAUUUUCGUAUUUAGGAAAAAAUGUGGUAUAUCCGGAAAAUUUUUUUGGUAUUUCCGGAAAUUUUUGGUAUUUCCGGAAAAGGGGAGAUGACCUUCCCCCCUUCGCCCCCCCCCCGUCGCCAACAUUUCCGGGAAAAAAUUUUAGAUGCCUUUUUUUUCGAAAAGUGCCCUUCAAAGCCUGCUCCCCCCAACUUUUAGAAGCUUCCUACGCCCCUGCUCGUGAUACACGCAUGCUUGAAAACUAAGGGCUAAGGAUUAGUUUUAGGUGAGGGAGGCGCUUGUAAAACUGACGACGACUUUACGAAAACAGUCAAUAAUUAUAUGGCGUAAUAUUAUUUGCUUUUGUUUUAAUAUUUGCUUUUGUUUAGUGACUCGAUUGCCAAUAAUUACACACCUUCAGCUUCCGAUCUGAGUACAUCUCUUAUUUUUGAGACUAAACGAUUGACAAGAAAACAUGGUAAGAUUUUUUUUAAAAACCUUAAUUGUAUUUACAAUUUGUGACUACUUGGUUUUGUUAUAAUGAAUUCAAUCAGUGAGUUAAAGUGUUGCGCGGUCGUUUGGCCGACAUAUAUGCGCGUUUGACUGAAAGACAUUUGGCGCAAUUGGCGGACAGAAAUAUCACCGAAUUUUCAAGUUUUUAAUAGUUUAACGAAUUUCUGUGCUUAAAACUAUUAAGGAGUAUUGGUCGUAUCAUCUAGUCUUAAGGAAUUUUACAGCAAUUACAUACGGCCAAAUGUCCUGUCGGGAAGUUACGUCUGCUAGUCUAACAUGUUUGUCGGCUAAAUGUUGGUGGGGCAAACGUCCGGCGACGAUAUCCCAAUAUCAUCAUUCAAUGCGUUAAUGCAAUAACAAUCAAUGAGAAAAUAUCUUUAAACAAAAAAAUCUGUUAUAUAUGCCACUUUCUUCAAUGUUUUUCGCAAUAAAGGAUUAAAUAAGGAAAUUUUAGAGUAUUUCUAAAUCAAGCCAUGCACUUAUCUUGCAAUGGGACUAAUGAUAUUGUGUAGCUAGUUACGUCAUCUGAAUUUAACUCCGAUAUCGCCGAUAUGCUCCCAUGUCAAACUUAAAUAAUUUGGCGUGUCUGUACUGUCAGAAUUGAAAAUAUCACAUUCCCAUAUUUGACAGUUAAUUCCCUGAAGAAUACCGCCUACAACAAUGCAAAAAUAAAAGGUAAUUCUGAAGAAGGAGAAGAGAAAAAACGUCUAUCAUCUUCAGCAAAAGGUUCUAAAAAUGGCUUGGACAGAUCAAUCCAUCCCAAAGAAAUUCGACGCAUCCAUCCAAAGUCAGCUACAUUACCGGGGCUUUCCAGAAAAAGACCCUUACCAGAUUUGAAUGGCACUAAGACAGAGAAUAUACCGUUGAACGUUCGGGAUUACCAUCAAAUGUCAUGCCAGGAAUCACCAGAUGAUUUUUUUAAUGAUGUGUUUUACUCUCCAGUCCUUUCUCCAAUGGAGCACGAGCAAGUGAUUCCUGAUAACAAAACUUUCCACGAUGCUCUUACGUUAGAAGUUUUACAAAUGGAGUUUUCUGCUCCGUCUAAAAGUACAUAUGGGCUCCCUCGUGCGGCUUCUCCUGAAAAUACUAAUAGCCAGGAACGAUAUUGGACAUUAAGUAAACACGCAAUCGAGUCCAAUUUUGUAACACCUUUGUCAAGUGCUUGGAUCCAAAACACGCAUCGUUUCAUCCCUCUUGAGCUCAGGGAUCGUUUUCCAAAUAUCUUAGAAGGAAUUACCAAGGUGAGUCUACGAUAUAUAUUAACGAUCAUUUUCUAAUACAAUUUUGCACAUAACUAUUUCCCUUUUGGACGGAAUUGCGGUUCUCAAACGAAGUUAGGCAUCGCUUUUUAAUCACGGCGUGAGUUUGUUAGUAUAUGUUAGUUUGUUCUGAAUGUAUAAAUCUUGGUAUCGUAUGCCUUGGUAUACAUAAGCCUUCGACCCAAUACCUUGUGGUGUACUUGUUUUGCGCAUACUGCAUUCAGGGCACUUCACUGUAGUACUAUGUUUGGUUUCCCUACAUAUACCAAUCAAUCUAGAAUUUCCGUCAAACAUAUUUAUAAACAUCUCUGUAGUGUUUGUCCUGUACAUGUAUAUCAACAGCCCAGUGGCUACGAUAUAUUAUGAUCUUACGACCAACAUCUUAUGGUAAAUAAUUAUGGUCUUUAGCAUAUGCUGCUGUUUUAUAUGAUCACGAUGAAACAGCUAUAUAUAUGGGCAUUCCAUUAAAAUCUGUUAUAAAUUUGUAGGAAAUGGAGGAUAAUUACUUACGAAGCUUGAAAAGAUGUAUUCUCGAUUAUGUUCUAAUGGACAGAGAGGAACAAGAAAGGCUUGGCUUGACGAUGAAAAAACAGGUUCGCUGAUUGAUCGAUUAAUCGAUCGAUUGAUACUUUAUUAUCUUUCCCCAUAUAUAAGUUGGGACACAGCCCGUCACGCACUUUAUAAGUUGGGACACAGCCGUCAUGCACUUGAAAGCCAUAGUGGCGCUACGAUAGUACAAUUGAGUCGCCCGUUUAAACGAGGUGACCCUAAAGAGUUUCACUGUAGUUCUUAUAUCUCGUUUCUUUGAUGCAUUUUUAAAAUAGGUUAUUCAACCAGCUGGUCGGGAGUAUUUUCCAUGGCACGACUCCAUGGCAGCCGCAAGACUUCACAUGGAACAAAAUCUUUACGUCACACACGUUGUACUACGAGAAAUACUUCACUUAUGGGAGACUGGGUAAGAAAUCUGUAGGAAUGUACUGUAGGUAUACCUGUAGGUAUGUGGGUAGAUAAGUACUAUAGUAUACAUAUCUAUCAAACUGACCUUCUUCCUACCUUCUACUGAUCUGCAUUGAAUAAAUAUAUUAUUAUUAUAUUAUAUAUAUAACUUACGUAACUGUAAGUUGUCGUAAACGAUUUCUCUCAGGCAAUUCGUAUAGGAUUAGACAGAUUUGUCAUGAUUCAUUUAGUGUAACAACAGAUGAUUCAUUCAGUACAACUGAUUCAUUUAAGUUAUUUUUAUUUUAUUUUGUAGUUGAAACACAUGGAGAUUUUUAACACAUUACUUUCACUUUUAGAUACUCCGAGUUUAGACUGAUUAAUGUUGAGCAGUUGGUCAUUAACAUGCCGUUAACGAUUGCUGAGUUUGCUCGUUUAGUUUCUGAAAGCAGCAGCAAAGCUGUUCAGCAUUUGAAAGAAGUUUGGAUUCCAACGUGUGCAAAAUUGAUAAGCAACAAAAGAGAAGACGUAGAGGCAUGGAUGCCACAGAAUGAG